ACGACCGUCUCUCGCGUAUACGCGACGAAACCGAACGCGAGCACACACAAAAAGCGAAUACGUCGCGAAAAGUCGCAGCCGAGUAGUGAGACGAGCCACACACAAUCCCGCUGCUGUCGUCGUCGUGCGCUAAAAAGUGAAAGAUUAGGGCCGAGGAGGAAAAAAUUUCCAUCGCGUUUUUCACCGAUUUCCUGUGCUAAAAACCGACCGUCGCUGGUCGGAAAAUGUUGCCCACGGUUGGCCCCGCUCGGUUCCGAUUGCGGUUCGGUUGAUCGUGUUCGAUUCGGCCCGGAAAAGUGCCCUUCUUUUAGGGGGGUUCGUCGCGAGAAAGAACCUGAAUCUGAAGUUUUUUUUCUUCAUCUGCUGCUGCCACCACGGGUCGAGAGACAGAAAGAAAGAACACUGUUGGUACGGGUUUCGGUGUGUGUGCGGUGGGGAGAGGAAGAGGGCUGACUGCUAGCCAGCAGCAGCAAGCAAACCCCAGCCCAACAGUGGUGCCGAGCCGAGCGGUCUCUCGGUGGUGUGCGUGUUUGUAGUGAGAAGAGAAAGUGUGGGAGUGUGCGUGCCUUCGGCACAGCACAACAAGAAGAAAGAAGAAGGAGGAGGCGAACACUCUGCUGGCUUUUGCCUUUACCACCCCCCGCCUACUCUGUUGACAACACUGCUGCUGCUGCUCCGAUUCGCGUGCGGAGUUUUGGUGGUUGUGUCCCUUUGGGGAAAAUUAUUUUGGCAAAGCCGGGUGCCACAGAGUGAAGGCGAACAUCCGUUAUUGCAUUUGUUGUUUGGAGGAGGAUUGCCGUCAUUGAGGAGCGACGUUUGUUGCGGAACGAACCAGCGGAUCCGGCGGAAAAAUGUGCGAUGUCUGCUCGGGGUUCCUGAAUCUGCUGGGGUCAUAUGAAUCCCGUCUUGCCAACAAUGAAACGGAACAUCCGGUGUUUCUCGCCAAACGCGAGAUCGAAACCGUCAUCGGCUACAUCCAGUGCUGGCCGGCGCGCCAGUGCAUGUGCUGCUACCGCGAUCCGAAGAACUUCGAACGCUUCAAUCUGGUAGUGCAAGCGAUCGUGUACUUUACCGUGUACCAGUUAAAGAACAUCAAAUCAUUGCUCGAUCGCGAAGAGCAGAAGCUAGCUGCUGCGGCACCCCAAGGAGCGCCACCGCUAUCAUCUUCAUCAUCAUCAUCAUCGUCGUCGUCGUCGUCAUCGUCCUCGUCAUCUUCGAAUAAUGGAAAGGACGACGAGAAGGAACCGGAUGGAGAUGCCAAACGGAAGGAAGAACCUUCCGGACAGGAUAGUGAGACUAAGGAGAAGUCGGAACAACCGGAAGAGCAGAAGGAGAGAAAACAGCCGGAUUCGGUUCCCACUCUGGAUGAUUGCUGGACGCUUCUGGAUGUAGAGAAGCUCCUGUUGCUUUCAUCCAAGGCGUUCUUGUUGAAUUUCCCGCUGUACGUGGCCUACAAGCACGGAGUCCACGCCAGGAUGGACGAAAUCUCGCCGCAGGAAGCGCAAACCUUGAGCAUCUUCUGCGAUUUGCACGAUAACGAAAUUCCGGCGUUUCUGCUGAGGAAUGUUUCCCUGUUUUGCACUUCCGGUGGGUUCGAUGCCAUGAUGGCCUGCUUUGAGCAUCCGAACCUGCCGGUUCCCAUUGCCCACGCCAUCACGGCGGCCAUUUCCAAUCUGAAGCUCUGGAUCAACUACCGGUCGAUCAUCCAGCUGUUCAUCCCGAUAAGAGUCAAAAUCUUGCAGUACAUGUGUAAGCUGUCGGAUCAGGAUUUGCGGUCCCCGGCGACCAAAUCGAUGGCCGAUUUCAUGUGGACCGCCAUAAAGGAUCCGCUGGAUUCUCAGAUAACAUUCGACACGGAAGGCCUGGCGCUGGCAUUCAAAUAUUUUACCAGUUCAACGUUGACCAUGCGAUUGGCCGGGAUGGCUCAAAUCAACGCCCACAUCAAUCUGUUCAACGAAAUCUGCACCACGGAAACCGUGGCCGAGGUGGAAGUCGUUGGCCAGAAGCUGGCCGAUUGGUUGACCGAGAACCAAAUCAUUUCCCACCUGUUUGGACCGAAUCUGCACGUGGAGGUCAUCAAGCAGAGUCACAUCGUGCUGAACUUCCUGGCCGUCGAGAAUCAAAUUACCGAAGAUCACAUUACCCUUAUCUGGCAGGCGGCCCAACUUAAGCAUUGCUCGAAACCCAUCUACGACAUUCUUCCAUCGCUGGUGAAGAACCUGGCUCCCCGUCCGGCUUCCCACCUGUACUCGUUGCUCUCCCGCCUGGACCCGAAAGAGCACACCGAACAGUCCAUCUACAUUGCGUCCGCCCUCACCAAGCUGAUCUGGGCACGGGACUGCUCCCGACUAACCCUGAUGGACCUCGCCAAGAAUAAUGUCCUCCGGGAAGCGGCGGCAGUGGCAGCGGCAGCUGCAGCCGCCCGGGAAGCCGAACUCCCUUCCAGCUCGGAAAAUUCCGUCUCCGUCGAUGGGAGCAACAGCGAGGACGAACCCCAGGAGGAGGACAGUUCCGAUCCGGAUCAUCCGGUGACGGCGGCGGAAGCGGUGGCAGCGGCCGCCAAGUGCAUUGCCGCCGGCAAUCGACCCCAUAGGAUACCACCGGUGAUUUCCGCCGCCGCAUCACCCAUCGUUGCCGGGGCUUCGUCGGCGUCUUCGUCGUCGGGUGGGGUGGCCGCCGCGGCAGCCGCAGUGGUUUCCGGCGGCAAGACGGCGGCCGCGGCUGUGGUUGCGGCUGCCGCCGCUAGUUUGAUGGAUGCGGACGAGUCGGACUCGGGAGUGGCCGCACCGCCACCUUGCAAGCAAGCCAGACACAAGAACUGCUGUGAUGAAACUACGGACGACAGUAUCAAGGUUGAACCGGACAUCUAUGACGUUGAUCAGCGGUUAAAAGAGAAAAUGCGCAUUCCCCUGAUGAGCCGCUCGUUGGCGGUCGCUUCCGGCUUCACCGAGGAUGCCGGCACCAGUAGCGAGGAAGAUUGCCUGGAUAUGACCGAAGCGUUCUCGGCCAUGCGAAAGAAGAUGCUCCGCAAGAAGCGCAAGAAGAUCAGUGGCCUCACGCGGAAGGAACUCCAGGAGAUGGCCGAAAGCGUAUCGGACGUGGAAGACAGCGACCUGCUGGCGGCCAUGCUUCCGGACAGUGACUGCAGCGAUACCAAUCCGCACAGCUCGGUGCUGAGGCACAUGGGCGGCCAUCACGGUCCGAUUGGUCCCGUGGGUCCGGAACCGGGUCCCAGUGGCGGUCCUGUAGUAGGUGAAGACGUUCCGCCGUUUAUGGGCGCGAUGAGCGAAGGCCACUUGAUCAAUUUCCUGAAUGCCACUGAAAACGACGGAAGCUGCUCGUCGCCGUUGAGCAACAAAUCCGAGAAGAACAUGGGAGAUUUUGACGAUGAGGACUCGCCGUGCGAGGAGGAACUUGUGGAACUAGCAGCACGAGCGCAGUGUCUGCAUCAGCAAUUCCCUCUGCCGCGGCCUCGCUCCUUAGGACCAGGAAUAGUUCACGGAUCGCCACAGGCCCGGACCAACACGCCCAACAUAACUCUGACGCGGUCCCAUCACGAUCGGCUAUCCAGCUCCGGCGGAAGCAUCGGCCCCAUUGGGCCGCAUCCUUUAACGCCAAGUGUUUCCGGCAGCGGCACUCCGACAUCCUCAGGAGGCGGCGGCAAAGGUGGUAAAAUGAACCCGGCGACUCCGACGGCCAUGGGAGGCAAGACCCCGCAGGCACCGUCCAAGGAAAUGCAAGCCAGUGCCAGUACCAGUGGAAGCAGCGGAAGUUUAGGGGCACCUUCGUCGCCGAACUUCCGGUUUCCUGACGUCUGUCAGCCGGGAAACACGCUGCUGUGGGAUCUACUACAGGAUGAUAAGAUCGGUCAACUGGGUGAAUCGCUUGCCCUGGAAGCGGAAAAAGUCCUCGGUACUUUGCUCUGUUUCCACACGGACAAAAUCAUCCGGACGCGUUUCAUCGAAGGUUGUCUGCAGAACUUGGCGGAGAACCGUAGCGUAGUGACCAGUUUGCGAUUACUCCCGAAGCUUUUCGCAUCAUUCCAGCAGUUCCGGGACGUCACAACGCACCAGGUCGUCCUGUGGGCCGAGCGUCACCACCGGAUGAUGCACCAUUUCUUCAACAAUCUGAGACAUUACACUACCGGAGCCGGUCGCACUGGCCGGCAGUCGGAGACUCCGACGAUAGUGCUGAACCAGAACGGAUUUCCGCUGUACUCGCACGUAACACAGAUACAAGUCCGGUUGCAGUUCCUGUCCUCCGUUUUCAGUGACGUCGGAUCCCCCCGGAACUUCAAAUUGACUCUGAGCCAAGUUGACACUCUGUGGGCGUGUCUGGCCAAUGAUCCCGAGUGUAGUGACUGCCUGUUUGCGUGGCUUCAGGGUCAAGUCAAGGGCGGGGACACUCAUGCCCUGGGGAUCAACGCAAUUCAACAUCUGUACUUGAAGAGGCUAUCGGAAUUGAAGCCGGAGGGAAUCUCGAUGGUAGCGCUUGGAUUGUUCCAGCAGUUGUUCACUUUGGGACGCGAGGAGAUCAUCAGCCAUCCCAGUGAGAGCCAGGAGUCGAGCGAUACGGUGGGAAUGGAGCACCUUUGGAAGAUUGCCCUGAGGGCACACAAUACGGACGUUUCGUUGACCGCGAUUCAGUACAUCAACACCUACUACAUGGAGAAACAGCUCAAGUAUGAGAAUCAAUUCGUGGCCCAGUGUAUGAACCACUUGACGCAGGCUGUGGAGGAGUUGGACCGCCAAGGACCCGGUUCGGAGAAUGCCCUGAUGUGCGUGCAAAGAGCUUUGAUGCUUUUGAACACCCACUUGGAGACGUUCCGGAGGAGGUACGCCUACCAUCUAAGACGAUGGGCCCUGGAAGGGAAGGAAGUCGGCAUGCAUAGUGCUUUGCGGAAUGAGGGUCCGGGUCCUCCGAUACGGAUCGUCUUGCAACCCGCGGGAGUUCCAGAGAAGUCUGUCCUUCAUCUCCACGCGACCGAUUUGGUAGCAGAUCUGAAGGCCGAGAUUGCCAAGUGGUGGGAAAGUAUCCAGGGAUCGGUCAGAACAGCUCACAACGAAAGUGCCGCCCGUACUGGAUCCGGAGCGGUCCUGGGACUUCUUCUCAGCGAAGGACCCCUGCGGAUUAUCACCCAAGGACAGGAGAUCACUGCUGAAUAUGACGAACGCAGUCUGGCCGACGUCGGCUUCAAAGACAACCAAAUGGUGUACGUCUCGAUGGGAAGCCGCGGAGGACGCCGGAGAGACCAUCACGACCACCCGUCUAUGCUGCCACCGCCCCCGAAAGACUGUCUUCCAACCCUGUUGCUGCUCAAGAGCCCUUACUUCGAACAACUGUUCAAACUGAUGCAAACUCUAGGCGAUAUGAAGCUCAUCGGUCCCGGAGGUCGAAUCCAGCCCAACACAAAAGCCCAACUGCUCUCCCGAAGAGUUUGGGACAUUCUCGCCAUGCUUCCAACAGCCCCCACGUUCCUCAGCACUCUGAAAAACCUGACCUUCAAACAACCGGACUCGGAACCAACGAUAGACAUGGACUGCACCGACAGCCCAAUCUACACCCUCCAAGAAAUCCUCGAGCCUCGCAAUCUCCAGAAGUUCAUGUACUCGCUGCACAUCGUCGAAAGCCUCUGCAAGUCCAAGUUCAUGGGCAGCUGCUGCGGAGGUCCCGGAAGCGGUGCCGCCCCAGUGAAUCCCGGCCCGAUCGGAGUGCCGAUUGCGGCCACCACAUCCGGUAUGCCCGGUGGAUCCCGUUCGGCCAUCGGUCCCGCGGCGAGCAGUGCGAAAAGCCUCUCGGUUAAGAACCAGCUGAAAUUGAAGAUCUCCACAUCCAAGUCGUUGAAGCUGCAGAACCAGAAGCUGGCCAAGCAGCAGGCCCAGGUGCUGGGGGUUAGCAAUAGCGGCGUUGGGGGGAUGGUAUCGCCGAGUAAGUUGAGCGUAUCACCUUCCGGGGAGCGGAAGAUGGACGUUUGCGAGACGGUGGAUGGGAAGGGAGGGGAUGCGGAGAACAAGGAGAACAGUGGGGCGGAAAGUUCGUCGCCCGAGAAGAGGGAAGACCGGAAGGACGAGGACAAGGAGAAGGAGGGGAAUGUGGACGGUGGUGAUGCGGAGAACCGGUCUCAACCGGAUCAGCCGCAACUGUCUCCGCCGGCAGUUCAUCCAAAGCUGCCACCGCCACCGAAGCUACCCGGCAGUCCGGUCAGUGCAUCGCUCGAGUGGAGCGAACAGUUCAUCAAAUGCGGCGGCCUGGCCCAUCUGUACCAGAUCUUCAUAUCGGGCGUGCUGCAGAAGCAACCCGUUGCCAAGGACGGGGACGAUUUGAACGAGUGGCGUCACGAUUGUCUGGCCAGUCUGUUGCGGAUCCUGUGUCUGCUGGGGAUGGAGGAAUUCAAACCGGAGAACGAGAAUGCCAUCAUCAUUCCGAAGUUGAAUCGGCACACGUUGGCCCUGAUGGAGGUCCGCCCGACGCUGGAACGGAUAGCGGGCAUUUUGAACGAGGAGUCCCAUCCGUUGAGUCCGCACCACUUCAAGACCGGUCUGUUCGGUCGGGCACAGGUCAUCCAUUAUGCGAUGAACUUGCUGGUUUGCUAUGCCCAUUCGCUGGCUGAGGUCAGAUCUACGCUGUGGAAGGUGGAAGCCAACCUUACAUGGGUGCAGCGGUUGAUCCUGGAUGAUCCGGAACCGGCAGUUAGGAGAGAAGCCUGUGCAGCGCUCUACCGGAUGUGUCUAGGGAAUGCUCAAACCUACUACGAACUGAUGGCUCCGCUGCUGUCCAAGUUGGUAGCCUUGUUGCCUCUAGCCGAAAAGAUGCGUCCCCAGAGUCAGGCGUACCACUUGUCGCCGGAUGAGGGGAAGGAACCGUACGGUCCUGCCUGUCGGGAUUACUUCUGGUUGUUGUGCCGUUUGGUGGACUCGCUGUCUCCGGAACUGGUAAAAGACUGCGGUGGGGAGUUGAGCAGAAAGCCCGGAUCCAUCGGAAUCGAAUCCAUGUGCCGGCAGGUGUCGAAGAGUAUCCUGGACCGGGACUUCCUGGAAAGUCGUCACGGAAGUCCGGAUGACGGGUUGUUCGGUCUUCUAAACCUAAUGGCCAAUUUGGUCAAGUUCGAUCCGCAGUUCAAGUUCAGCGACGACGGCCAGGAGUUCAUCGGAAAAAUCUUCCAAUCGCUGUUCGAACUCCCCUCGCCGGAUGAUCGCGACAAGCCCAAGUGUAAAAGUCACGGCGCCCGGGCUGCGGCCUACGAUCUACUGGUGGAGAUGUGCAAGAGCGCUCCCAAGAACUACCUAAUGCUGCAUGGAAAAUUGAUGCAACAGCAUCGCGCCGGACCCCACUCGCCGUAUCCUUGGGACUACUGGCCGCGCGACGAAGGACGUUCCGAGUGCGGCUACGUCGGUCUCACCAACCUGGGCGCAACCUGUUACAUGGCUUCAUGUAUCCAACAUCUCUUCAUGACGCCCCAGACCCGGGACGCCAUCCUGUCCAUAUCGACAGACGCGCCGCAGAAGCACAAAGCCACCCUGUACGAGCUGCAACGGAUGUUCGCCUACCUGAUGGAAUCGGAACGGAAGGCCUACUGUCCGCGUUCGUUCUGCCGGGUCUACCAGAUGGACCACCAACCGCUGAACACCGGCGAGCAGAAGGACAUGGCCGAGUUCUUCAUCGAUCUGGUGUCCAAGCUGGAGGAGAUGACCCCGGAGCUGAAGACCCUGGUGAAGCGAGUGUUCUGCGGAGUCAUCAGCAAUAAUGUCGUGUCAUUAGAUUGUGGUCACGUGAGCCGUACGCUGGAGGAGUUCUACACGGUUCGGUGUCAAGUGGCGGACAUGCGUAAUCUGCACGAGUCGCUGGACGAAGUAACGGUGAAGGAUACGUUGGAAGGGGACAACAUGUACACCUGUUCCCAGUGCGGCAAAAAGGUGCGGGCCGAGAAGCGUGCCUGCUUCAAGAAAUUGCCGCAGAUUCUGUGCUUCAACACGAUGCGAUACACGUUCAACAUGGUGACGAUGCUGAAGGAGAAGGUCAACACCCAUUUCAGUUUCCCGAUGCGGCUGGACAUGUCCGGGUACGUGGAAAAGACGCUGAUGCCGCAGCACUACCAGGAAGAGAAGCGGAAGUCGGAACUCAGGCGAUCAGCUUCCCGGAACGUCAGCGAAUCGAGUGCUUCCGAUGGAAUGGGUUCGAUUUCCGGUGAGGAUCGUAAGGAAGACAAGGUCAGCUCAAGCGAUGGCCAGGAAGCGCAGAAUGCAACAACUUCGUCGGCCAAGAGCGAGGCUGCGGAGAAGGCGGAAAUUCAGAAACAGCAGCAAACUUUGGAUGAAGAGGAUUCGGAGGACUUCAACGAGCAUUACGAGUACGAUCUGGUCGGAGUGACGGUCCACACGGGGAAUGCCGACGGAGGCCAUUACUAUAGCUUCAUCAAGGAGCGCAACGAGGACAGCAAUCCGAACCACCAGGAGAGGUGGUUCCUGUUCAAUGACGCUGAAGUGAAGCUUUUCGACCCUUCGCAGAUUGCGGCUGAGUGCUUUGGAGGGGAGAUGACGAGCAAAACCUACGACUCGGUUACGGAAAAGUAUCUGGAUUUCAGCUUCGAGAAGACCAACUCCGCGUACAUGCUGUUCUACGAGUGGCGCUCCAACAAAGGUUCCAACAUCCAGCGCGAUCAGGUCAGCAAGCCAUCCACGUGCACUUCGGGUGCAUCCAUGACUUCGAUGUCGAUUCCGGUUACGGCUACCACCACCAGCAGCACCAGUGAACAACCGGUUACGUCGUCGUCGCCAUUUGCCGGAAGUGGACCUUGCACCACUGCAUCUAUCGGGGCGUCCAGUUUAUCGCAAGAAAGCUGUGGUUUGGAUCCUCCGCCGGAAUCCCUCAUCGGCUCAAAUGUCCCACUCUCGCUGUCAUCACCGCCAUCAUCUGCACCGGUCCUGCCCGCAAUGUGCAUCCGAGAUGCCGACCAGACUGACCGAAUCAUCCAGAAACAUCCCGGUGAGGUGUCAUCAGUAGUAGAUAACCUAAAUACCCUAAGUAAAUGUGAUAUAGAUGUUAAGAGUAGCCUACGAAGCUCCGUUGGCGUUGUUCCAUCCCUGCCGGGAGUUCCAUCUUCAUCCGCACCGUCACCGCUGGCCGCACUCCAAGCCACCUCGCUGAGCAUCCUGCCACCGUCGGGUCCCCUGCUGGGGCCCUCGAUGCUCCCCUCGCCAUCGUCAUCAUCCUAUUCGUCCAUUUCGUCACUGUCCGCCCUGACGGCCACGGCCGGCGGCAACGUGGGCCUUCCGCUGAGUGCCGUCGUACAACAACCCACCAUCUCCAGCGCGCUGCAACCGUGCCCGUCUUCGUCGUCGGCUGUAGGUCCAUCCGGGCUGUCGUUGGUCGGACUCGGGCUGGUCCGAAUAGGACCGCCUCCGAAACGGAAACGCAAAAUCCUCAGCAAGGAGCUCGAGGAGUGGAUCUGGCAGGACAAUCGACACUUCCUCCAGGAUCGGAACAUCUUCGAGCACACGUAUUUCAACUUCAUGUGGCAAAUUUGCGGUCAUAUUCCGCAGACGUUGCUGGCGCUGCCGGAUAUUACGUGCAUCGCUGCCCAGCUGUCGGUGUCGUUCUUCAUCGAGACGUUCAUUCACGCUAAGGAAAAGCCUACGAUGGUGCUAUGGGUGGAACUGCUCACCAAACAGUUCAACGCCAGCCAGGAAGCGUGCGAGUGGUUCCUCAGUCACAUGUCGGCGGAACCGUGGUGGCCCGUACAGGUCCUCAUCCAGUGCCCGAAUCAGAUGGUGCGGCAAAUGUUCCAGCGCUUGGUGAUACACGUGAUUCAGCGAUUGAGGCAAAGUCACAGCGCCCUCUAUCUGAAGGUGGAAAGCGACGAGGAUGGCAACGAAAUCAUCGGAAGUGUGUCUUGCGUGACCCGGUUUAUAAAGUCGCUGAUCAUGCUCAUGGAGCACGGUGCUCGGGCCCAUCUACGCCAUCUGUCGGAGUUCUUCGGACUGCUGUACGAGUUCUCCCGGAUGGGCGAAGAGGAAGCCCUGUUUCUGCUGCGAAUCAACGUGAUACGGAGUGUGGCGGAUUUCUAUCUCGGUCACAAAGCCCAGGAUUGCAUCGACACCAACUCCGACAACGAGGACAACUCGUCCGAUGAGGCUCUCACGGUGGACAAAAACCGCCCGGCGUCGCUGGAUAAGAUGAUUGCGCUGGUGGCGUCGCUGGUGGAACGAUCCCGAGGUCCGGAUUUGCGACUUCAUCUGUCCGCUCGGGACUACAAUGCCAUCGCCGGAGGCAAGGGGUUCCCUUUCCUCUAUCAGCAAAUCAAGGACAACAUCAAUCCGCACCAGACGAGGCACUUGAUUCACGCCCUGUGUCGAUGUGACGAACGACUGGCCGGUCAGAUCAUCGCCAUGCUGUUUACGGCCGUGACGAAGCAUACCGAGCUCUGUGGACCGUUCUUUAAACUGCUAACCCUGCUGACGGAGUCUACCGGGGGUCCUUCCGGGCUGCCAUGUUUCUCGCAGCUGGUGCUCCAACGGGUUUGGGAUGCGGCCGAAUACUGUCCCCAAUCCGCGCUGGAUUGGCUGGCGGUGCAAGCUCCUCGCAACAAAAUCGCUCACACCUGGAUCCUCCAGUCGGCGGAAAGUUGGGUGGAAACUUUCCUGCUCGCUCACAACAACGCCCGGGUUCGGAACGCCGCUGCCUAUCUGCUUGUGUCGUUGGUUCCGUCGCAAAACUUCCGGACCAACUUCCGGGCCACUUCCCAUCACAAGCUGACCAUGCAUGCCUCGCAACCGAGGGAAAUAUCCUGCGAAGCCCAGCUCAUUCUGCACACGAUACUGAAUCUCUUGCUGCGGUUGCUCCGGUCGGCGCGCAACUACACGGACAUUAGCGUUCACGGGACGACCAAGCUGACGGCCUACUUCAACCUGCUGACGUACUGCCUGGUGUCCAAGACGGAGAAGCUGAUGCUGGGUCCCCACUUACGAGCUCUAUGGGAGCUAUUCCAUCCCCGGUUAUCCGAACCAUCAGUUCCGGCGCAUCACAAUAAACAGGCCCUACUUGCGUUCUGGUACCAAGCCACCCUUGACUGCCCGGAGAAUGCCCUUCUCGUCGCCAACUGUCCAGAUAUUACCAGAAACAUUGCAUUUAACUAUAUACUGGCCGAUCACGACGACUCGGAGAUAGUCACCUAUAACCGUGCGAUGUUGCCCGUGUACUACGGGCUGCUUCGGAUGUGCUGCCAACAGAGCCGUCUACUUACCCGUCAGCUGGCCGCCCAUCAGAACCUACAGUGGGCGUUCAAGAACAUAACUCCCCAUCCGACCCAGUACCCUCUGGCCGUAGAUGAGCUGUUCCGGCUGAUGACCCUCUUCGCACAACGGCAUCCGGAUGCCACGGAAGCGGAACAACGGGAGGUUACCAUCUUCCGGAGAACCACCUUGACGGCAUACUUGAGCGCUCUGGACGCCCGUGUGUCCUGGGGAACGCUGAUAGCGGCCCUGCGGAUCCUGGUCGACAACGAUGACGAUCGACUGUUCGUUGUCCUGAAUGGAGGCAUCACUCUGUGCUUCGACGCUCUUCACACGCUCCACUCCAUGUAUCAUGAGGCUACCGCUUGUCACGUGUUCGGUGAUCUGCAAGAACUACUUACCGAGGUCAUCCUUCUAAUCAGCACCCUACGGGCCAGCUGUCGAGAACAGAAGAAACGUCCACCGCCGGCACUGAUGAAGGGUCUUCCGGACGCCGUCCGGAGGUUAGCCACCCUGCUGAACACUUUCAACCCACCGGAGAUGCGCAAUCUCGCUCUGGAGGUGCUCAAAGAACUGGUCAAAUGCGCCCCGCCGGAGAUCAUAAGUACCGUCUUGGUGCCCCUGCUAACGCACUGCCACACUCAGAACGUUGCUCACACCAUGGGACCCCUGGGAUCUUACUUCCCGCGACGCGGUAUGAAGGCGACCUGGCCACCGGUCUCGAAGAACACCCCACGACCGCCGCGGCCCAUGGUCCAAAUGAACAUACCGCAGUCGCAGAUUUGCGAGAAGGGUCUCGACAAGGAUUUCGACCUCGCGCUGGAACUUUUUUACCGUCCGUAUCACGAGUUUCUUGACAUCAUGUUCCGGGUGGCGGUCACGUCCAACCAGUUCAACGAACCUCUGGUUCACCUGUCGCUACUCACCGGGAUUGAAGCCGUCGUGUUGCAUUUCAAUAUCUUUGCCAAGUUUUGGGUUGGCAUCUACAAUAACAAAACCACCAAUAGGUAUGCGGAGCUGUUGAUCAAAAAUCCACUGCUGGUGGACUACAUCGAUGAGAUUCUGAGAGACGAGAGACUGUCGCUGAACGAUCCGGUUAUUGCGAACUUUAUCGAAAUUUACUAUCCGAAGGUAAAAUCCCGUCUGGUGGUACCGCGCUUGCUGGAAUCCAUCUGCCAGCUGUUGCCGGAAAAGGGCAACCUCGAGGACAUCUGCGGAGAUCUGCAGGCGAUACGUAUCAUUGGCCAGCGCACGGGUAUUCCCGGUUCGGUGAAGACCCUGUUGCAGAACUCGCUGCACGCGGUUCUGCUCAAGUUCAAGGACGAGAUGUACAGCGACGAAGAAACUCCACCGAAGCGGCGGAAGAUUACCAGCAGCAAUUGCAGCGGCGCAGGAAUGCCACAGAGGCCGCCCGUUCUGCGGCUACCGGUUUCCGAACCGGAACUGGAGCAGGGCAAGACUUCGCCGACAGUGGUAAACCAUUCCAAAGGGGAGGAACAGGAGACUGAACGGAAAACGUCACAGGAAUCGGGCAGCGAAGCGGUGAAGUCAAGUGAGGACAAGCAACAGCGAGAGGUGUCAAUUGGGGAUGAGCAGAAGCUUCAGCAGGAGAAGAAAGACGAGAGUGGAGUGGAGCGGAUGGAUCAGGAUGUGUGUAGUGAGCCCAAAAGUGAACGGGAGGAUGAGCAGAUCAAGCCAGAAGAGCCUGGAAGUAGUAGAAAUGGUAGUGACAGCAAUAGUAACAAGGAGACAGAAGACAAGUCGAAACCCUGUCUGCCGGAAGGAGAGCAAUCGAAGGAUCAGAAGCAGGGUCUCAGUGAGCAGGAACUGUACCAGCGAAAUUUAAUCAAGGACAUCGAAAGUCACAUCGAACUAAUAUUUGAGUGUUUGGACGAUGACGAUGAGGACGACGAGGAAGAUGAUAUUGUACGGAAAGGGUCGCCGAUGGCAUCGUCUUCGAGAACGAAGACACCUUCCAUGGAGACUGCGGAGGAUGAAGGUGAAGGCGAGCCGGAACCGGUUCGGAGAAGCAGCUUCAGUAGUGCAACGGGGCCAAGUUCGGCCCUGUCCGGUUGUCCCAGUCCCAGUAAGAUCAAGCGGAGAAAUCCGUCCGGUGAGGCACCUUUGGGAAAGGUGAGAGAGAUGGAACUGUCCGAAGGAGCAGCAGAAGCUUCGGCGACGAAAUCAACAGAAGACGAGACGAACGUUGAAGCGUGAGUGACAGACUAAAGAGGAAUCGAAGGUAAGUGAAGUGAAGAGUGCAAGGCGUAUGGAAUAAUACAGUCUAGUAAUAGUUAAGCGAGUUUCGGCGAACCAAAAUUGUGAUGUUUUAAAAGUUAAGGUUUGAUUUAUCUUUGGUACCAAAAAUAUAGAAAGAGAGAGAGGGAGAGAGUGUGAGAGCGAACGAACGAAGGAGCGGAGCGGUUAAGCAGGGUCGAAGGAGAUUUCUUUUCUUUCGCGUCUAAAUUUUAAUUGCAAAAACCAUAUAAUUACUAGUUUUCGGCAUUCGAAAGUCAUCAUUGGUAGGAUUGUGUUUCUCCAUUCAGAAUUAAGGUUAAAAGUGGCAGAAAGCGAGAGCAAGAAGUGAAGCGAGAAAAAGAGAGAGGAAGGCGAAAAUGACACAGAUUUACACAUUUUUUCUACUGUCAGUAGUUUCCGUAUUUAAGGGAAAUGGUGCUCGUGUAAUUUUAAUCACGUUUCUUAUCGCUACAUACCCAACACAAACAAAAAAACACACACAAAAAUGUAUUUUUUACCAAGAAAGUUGAGCACGUUCUCACGUGAAGCGACUCAGCGAAGAAAGUGCUGCCGUUUUGUGUUUCUAUCUUGUGCUUUCUUAGUUGCUACGAUUUACGAUAAUGAAAGUUUAAUUUAAAACACAUUUUUUUAUUAUUAUGAGCCUAUAUAUCCUAGAUCAUUGAAAAGUGAACGCUAUUAAAUGGAAAAAAAUCGUAUUUAUUAAACUAGCUAGUCUAUGAAAAAAAUGUCCUUAAGUUUUGUUAUACCAUCCUAUUUGCUUGGUGAGGCAGGAGCGAGAAAGAGAAAGAAACCCUUAGAAGUGUAAGGUUAUGUUGAGAAUAGAAAACGAGAAAAGUUGCGAUUAGGUCCCUCUACUGAAUUGGAUAUCCGUUUCCAGGUGAUUUCUAGGAGGCGUGAAUGCACUUGAAAGACUUACUGUGUGCUACUUUUUUCUAUAAAAUUGCAUUUUAGCCACCCUCAUGAAGGUACGUUUGUAAACGGAAACGUCGAAAUGGCUAGUUUGUGGUUUAAAAGAUCAAUAAUUACUUCUUCGACGUUUCGGCUGCCAUGAUAGCAUCUUUAUCAGGGGUCAAAACUCUUUAUUUUGAGAUUUUUCAACACUUCUACAAAACUAGCUCCUGAUCGAUCUGAUAAAUAUUGCGUAGAAAGUUGGCACUCAGAAAAAGAAAAAAAAGGUCAGUCUUGAUAGGUAAGCAUUCACGUACCAAUUAAAUCUGAAGUUAUGCAGGAAUUAAAAAAAACAAAACAGAAGACUCAUUCGUCCUCUCGAUUUCCAAGUUUUUAAAACGAGGUCUCUUAGAGAACGAAAAUCAUGCUGACGCAAUUCCACCAGUAAUCGAAAAUAUUCAUCCCAGAAGUGAACAUAAAACUCUAAUAAACACUCUAUAGCGAAACACGCAACACUGUUUCACACACCCACACAGACACACACAAGCACACAUCUAGACAUUUAUUAAUAAAACCUAUUAUGAAAACUCUUUCAUGGAAAAAACGAAGAAAACUGAAUACAAGAAAAGUUAAUGUUUUAAUUUUCGCAA